GUUGACCCGUUCAUUGACCCCACUGUAUUUAACACCGCCCCUUAGGCGCCUGCCACUAACUAGAUUCAAUUUUCAUCUUAGACGGCCUGUUCAGCUUCAUCAUGCCGCCCAGAACAGAAACAGGACAGAAGCAGGCCUGCCGAAAAAGCUCAAAUGCGAGUUCAGAAUGGAUGGGGACAGUUUUUAGGGUAAUGCUCUCCCUUCUGUGGCCUAUACCUCGUGCAAUCAAGGGGACAAUCUUUGAGCACUUGGCUGCGCCAGAUCAUCCUGCCCCUUCUCGUGAACAAAGGUUGGCGUGGUGCCGAGAAUUGACCGAGGCAGUCGAACAUAUUCCCUCGAAAAGGGUAGUUCAUUGCGACAUUCAGCCCACGAACAUUUUGGUCGAUCAAAAUUUAAACAUCUCAAGCUAGCCGGCUUUCAAGGGCAUUACCUUUCGGAAGAUAGCAACGUCAUCUUAGAUGGCUAGAGCGGCGAGCCGUGCCGGUAUUUUUGUCCACGGGGUGAUGACUUCGUGGCCGACGUAAAGACCGAUCUCUUUGCGCUUAAGUCUACGAUUUACUUCACAAUGACCGGGCAUGAGGUCUUCCCAGAUAUUGUUAGCGGAGAGCUUGGGUGGGCUGACGAGAUUAAGUCUCGAUUUGUCCGAGGUGUUUUCCCCGAAGAAUCUCAUUUCUGCGCGAUCAUCUGUCAAAAAUGU